AUGCGGCCUCAAGUUGACAAGAUUUACCCUUCCAGCAACCAGAACAAUGGCAAUCAUUGUUCAGUGAACAGGCAGAAUUCUUGGCAGCUACAAAGUUGUCGCAACGACUCUCAAAACGCUGCAGAAUACGUUUUGUGGCUCAGAUUCAAGCCGUAUGCCCUGCUAUGUGAUGAGUUUGACCAGUGGCUUGAGGAGGAUUCCAUGAUUACCAUGAUUGGUGAUUCUGACCAGCUCCCUCCAAUAGUGCUCUCAACCAGUGAAAAGGAAGAGGCGAGCUACUAUGGACACUUACUUAUCUCUUGCCUUGUGGACACUGUUUACCCCUAG